AAUGUAUACUCCUAUCCUGUAGCAGUUUGUGCCAAUUGCUAUUCGAAAUACAGAAACGAUGAGCUCCACAGCGUCAACAAAGGGUGGCAGAGGGAAGCCCAAAUCCUCAAAAUCGGUAUCCAGAUCUCAUAAGGCUGGUCUGCAAUUCCCCGUAGGAAGGAUCGCCAGAUUCCUCAAAGCUGGAAAGUAUGCCGAGCGUGUUGGUGCCGGUGCGCCGGUCUAUCUGUCUGCGGUCCUUGAAUACCUCGCGGCUGAGGUUCUUGAGCUUGCUGGAAACGCUGCAAGAGAUAACAAAAAGAAUCGUAUUGUUCCGAGGCAUAUACAACUCGCAGUGAGAAAUGAUGAGGAAUUGAGCAAGCUUCUGGGCACUGUUACCAUCGCCAACGGAGGUGUUUUGCCCAAUAUUCAUCAAACUUUGUUGCCGAAGAAGAUUGGGAAGGGCAAAGGCGAGGCUGGAUCUGCAUCACAAGAGUUUUAGUUUUUGUGUUUUGUCUCUUUUAUUUUUUUUCUUUAAAUGGGAUG